UUCUUCGCAUUCCAAAAAUAAUGAACUGUGGGGGUUCCGAGCUGGACUGAAGCAGAAAACCCUAAGCACCAUCGAAGCUCAAUCAAUGGCGUCGCAAAUGGCGAUCAUUGCUCGGACGCGCUCUCUGAUCAAAACACUUCACUCUAACUGCGCUAAUACAUCUGUGAAGACGAUUACCACUUUCCCUUUCGUCUCUCAGGAGCCUCAACUCGCCGAAUCUCCGGCACCGGCCGCCCCAACUCCGCUUCCUCCCAACCCUGCCUCCGGUAGUCCUCUCUACAAUGAGAAUUGGCGCAACCCAAAUCCACCAUCUUCAACACAGUCAGUGAUCCCACUUGGGUUUCUUAAUCUAGUACCCGGUCAUCGCAUUCAAACAAUGGCUCAGACAUUUGAUGUUAAGAGCUUGAUGGAUCAGUUUUCUGCUUGGGUGGCCUCUCAGGAAUGGGCUGCUAUCAAAGAGUUGUUCGAGUCUUGGGUCAAGUCAUUGGGCAAGAGUGGGAAGCCGAAUAAGCCCGAUGUGAAUUUGUAUAAUCAUUAUCUGAGAGCGAACUUGAUGAUUGGUUCUUCUGCUGGGGAGCUACUUGAUUUGUUAGCUGGAAUGGAGGAUUUUGGUAUCACACCUAAUACCGCUUCGUUCAAUUUGGUGCUUAAAGCAAUGUACCACGCCAGGGAGACUGAAGCUGCUCAGAAGUUACUGGAACGGAUGCUGCUGACUGGAAAUGAAUCUCGCCCUGAUAAUGAAUCAUAUGACUUGGUCAUUGGAAUGCUGUUUCUGACUGGCCAAAUUGAUGCUGCAUUGAAAUAUAUAGAUUUGGCUUUGAAAUCAAGUUAUAUGCUGUCAAUGAAUGUGUUUACAAGUUGUGUAAAUAGUUGUAUCAGUAAGGGUAGGCUAGAUACUUUGGCAGCAAUAAUUGAAAAGUGCAAGACAAUGGAUCAGAACAAAGCUCUUUGCCCCCCGUGGAACGUGUGCUACUUAAUAGCUGAAACUGCAAUGCAGCAGGAUAAUAGCAAGCUAGCUUAUUAUGCCCUGGAGUUUAUGGCUAUGUGGAUUGCAAGGGGUGAGCUCGCAAGACCGGCUGCAUUGCUUUCUGUAGAUGAAGGUUUAAUUGUGUCAGCCCUAGCCACCGCAGGUAGGACCUAUAGUUCUAGUCUGCUAGAUGCAGCAUGGACAAUUUUACGUCGCACAUUGCGUCAAAGAAAGGCUCCUAACCCUGAAUCUUAUCUCGGAAAGAUAAAUGCCCUUGCAUCAAUGGGGAACUUACAAAGGGCUUUUAGUACGCUACAUGACUUUGAGGUUGCUUAUGGAGAUUCCAGUCAAGAAGUUGAAGAAAUGUUCUCUCCCUUUACUUCUUUACAUCCAUUGGUUGUGGCAUGCUCCAAGAAGGGAUUUGAGAGUUUGGAUUCUGUUUAUUUUCAACUGGAAAGUUUGAGCCGAGCAGAGACUCCUUAUACAUCUGUUGCUGCUCUAAACUGCAUCAUUUUAGGGUGUGCAAACAUAUGGGACCUUGAUCGUGCAUACCAAACUUUUGAAGCAAUUGGAUCCAGUUUUGGAUUGACACCGGAUAUUCAUUCAUAUAAUGCGCUAAUGCUUGCAUUUGGGAAGCUCAAAAAGACACAUGAAGCAACUAAGGUGUUUGAGCACUUAGUGAGCUUGGGUGUAAAGCCUAAUGUAAUGUCAUAUUCUCUGCUUGUGGAUGCCCACCUCAUGAACCGAAAUGUCAAAGAUGCUCUGACUGUAAUUGAUGAUAUGAUCGCUGCUGGGUUGGAACCUUCAAAAGAGAUGCUAAAAAAGGUUCGAAGGCGAUGCAUGCGAGAGAUGGACUAUGACAGUGAUGAUAGAGUUCAGUCCAUUGCCAAAUCUCUGAACAUUCGAAUGGGUUCAGAAGCCCGUCGGGACAUAAUAUUUAAUCUGAUUACAGCAUGGACUAUGCUUAAAUUGUCUUCUUGCUAUUAAGUUAUCUAGGCAAAUCGGCAAAUCCUCUGCAGCAUCCUUCCCGAGAGAAUCCCUGUAUGUACAUUACUGGAUGGUGUUAGGUUGCCGGGGCAGCAUGAGGAAAGAAUAGCUUAUUUAUUGCAAUUUUUCUUUUUUGUAUUAUUGAAUUGGAAGAGGAUGUUAACUAUAGUUUUGGUUCUCGGAGAAAGUUAAGAAGUGCAUUUUGUAGGCAGUUAUUUGAAUGUGCUAAUAAUUGUAGGCCACAUCCAAAUACAGAAGAUAAUGUCAAGACAAACAUGGCCACUAUUCUUUUCUCAGUGGCUUCUGAUUUUUUUUUUGGGUGCAGUCUAAUUUUUUUUUUUUUACAGUUC